GAGGACUUCCGGAAGACAUUGGAUCCUUAUACUCUUUGGAACACUUGAAUCUCCAGGGAAAUAAUUUUGAUCAUUUACCUCAAAGCAUAGCCCAACUUGGUGCUCUUCGAUCCUUGAACUUAUCAAAUUGCAAGAGGCUUACACAGCUGCCAGACUUCAUGGGGAUGCCAAACUUGAUGACGCUGAAUCUCAGUAUAAUUAACAUUGAGCGUUUGCCUCGAAGCAUAGAACAACUUAGUGCUCUUCGAUCCUUGGACUUGUCAUAUUGUGAGAGGCUUAAAGAGUUGCCAAUCUUCAUGGGAAUGCAAAACUUGGAGACUUUGAAUUUGUCAAAUUGUAUAAAUCUUGAAGAGGUUCAUCGUUCCCUGGGACUUCUCAAAAAGCUCUGUACAUUAAAAAUGACUAAUUGUAAACAGCUUAAGAGGUUUCCAGCUCUGUGCAUUGAUUCUCUUGAUUAUCUGUGUCUACGGGAUUGCUCUAGUUUAGAAAAAAUUCCAGAAAUCCUCGGAAACAUGAAAGCUGAGUUAGAGAUUCACAUGCUCGACAGUGUAAUAAGGGAUCUAGGUUUUAGAGGUUUUGAAAACCUUGCAACACUUCCGAGCAGCAUUUGUAAGUUGAAAAGUUUGGUCAGCCUAAAUGUGUCGGAUUGCUCUAAGCUUAAAAGCUUUCCAGAAGAAAUAGGAGAUUUAGAAAACUUGGAAAAUCUUGAUGCUAGAGGUACUCUAAUUUCACAACCUCCAUCUUCCAUUGUCCAGUUGAAGAAGCUUAAAUUUUUGAGUUUUGCAAAACAAAAUUCUGGAGGAGGUCUCGUAGAUGGAGUGUACUUUAGUUUCCCUGUGGUGUCUGAUGGAUUACGCUUGUUGGAGAUUCUGAAUCUCAGUUACUGCAAUCUAAUAGAUGGAAGUCUUCCGGAAGACAUUGGAUCCUUAUCCUCUCUGAACGAGUUAUAUCUCUCUGGA